CUCCAAUCUCCAUCUCCACCCACCAUGCUCCAUUCCAUAGCCCAUCAUCAUCAAAGGGUCUAUAGAGAGAAAGAGAAAAAACAAACAGAGAUACAUAAUUACCACCACCCUUCUAAUCCAUGUGCCCUGCUAUAUAAAUAACAAUCCCAUAAGCAGUCGCAGCCCCUGCUUUUAGCUGCUCCAUUUCGUUCAUCUUCUCCUCCCCUUUCCUCUUUCUUUCAACUUUCACACACAAAGUGUGUUGGUUUGUGAGGUGUGGAGCUGCCAACUUUGGUGACCAUGGAGAGGAGGAGAGCGUUCUUGGGGUUGCCAUCGUCGUGCCUGCUCCUGCUGUGCCUAGCCGCCGCGGUGGCCGCGGAGCCGCUGCCGCAGUACUACAAUGCCAUCUUCAGCUUCGGCGACUCCUUCUCCGACACGGGCAACUUCGUCAUCAUCAACUCCGGCAAGCUGCCCAACAUGCCCAAGUUCCCGCCACCGUACGCACGCUGCUCCAACGGCCGCCUCGUCAUCGACUUCCUCGCCGAGGCGUUCGGGCUGCCGCUGCUGCCGCCGUCGGCGAACAAGGGCGUCAACUUCAGCCAGGGCGCCAACUUCGCGGUGAUGGGCGCCACCGCGCUGGACCUCAAGUACUUCAAGGACAACAACGUGUGGAGCAUCCCGCCGUUCAACACUUCCAUGAGCGUCCAGCUCCAGUGGUUCGACGAGGUCAAGCAGACCAUCUGCUCCGAACCGCAAGAGUGCCGCGAGUUGUUCGGGAAGGCGCUGUUCGUGUUCGGCGAGUUCGGCGGCAACGAUUACAGCUUCGCGUGGAAGGCGGACUGGUCCCUGGAGAAGGUGAAGACGAUGGUGCCAGAGGUGGUGGCGUCCAUGAUCCGCGGCAUCGAGCGGCUCCUGGACGAGGGCGCGCGGCACGUGGUGGUGCCGGGCAACCUCCCCGCCGGGUGCAUCCCCAUCACGCUCACCAUGUACCCCUCCGAGGACCGGUCCGAGUACGACCCGCGCACCGGCUGCCUCAAGAAGUACAACAGCGUGGCCCUCUACCACAACGCCAUGCUCCGCAUCGCCCUCGACCAGCUCCAGCGCCGCCGCCCCGACUCCCGCAUCAUUUACGCCGACUACUACACCCCCUACAUCCAGUUCGCGCGCACCCCGCACCUCUACGGGUACAAGCGGGGCGCGCUGAGGGCGUGCUGCGGCGGCGGCGGGCCGUACAACUACAACAUGAGCGCUUCCUGCGGGCUGCCCGGCGCCACGACGUGCGAGGACCCCGACGCGCACGUGAGCUGGGACGGCAUCCACCUCACCCAGGCGCCCUACCGCUUCAUCGCCAACACCUGGCUCAAGGGGCCCUACGCGCACCCGCCCAUCGCCAGCGUCGUCCGCGACGACAUGGUCUACUAGUCCUUGGCUCCGGCCGUGUGUGUGUGACGGCGGACAGCUGCACGGUCCGUGUCUGUCACGGCGAGCGACGGUGACCUGGGAAUCUCUUGUUGCCAUCGGCGUUGGAGAGUGAGAGCUAACGUGCAUUCCAUUUGUUGAUGUAUAUUGCCAAGUAAAUCGAUUGGUUUUCCUUUCCUUUUUGUGUUUCUUUUUGGCGUCCUUUGUCAAUUCGAUCGAGCGUUUUUGGUGUUGGUCCCAUGUAAUAAUACUUGGUUGAGCAUAGAUUAAAGAUGAACUGUUUGACACUCA